GUAAGUUUUGGGGGAAGGUUAAAUGGCUUUCUGGUAACACUGCACUGUUGAGCUGUCAAACUUCGUGCUUCCUGUUUCAAGGUUCUGCUUGGGCCACAGCCUCAGCCGUUUGUUUUUUAAUAAUUUACAAAUUAAUUUCGAAGGUUGAUGUAAAGCUCGGUCAGAUUUUAAAUUGCAAUCUACCUGACAUAUUCAUUAUUAAACUAAACGCUGAGUUAAAUAGUGCCAGAUAUCAGUAAAUAAAUAUUUCUAACACUCAUCAUCAAUCAUAUCAAGAACUAUUAUUUUUUCUAAAUUUUUCUGCAAAAAUACGUUAAACAACUACGUUAUCGACUGCUUAAAACAACAACGAAGAAUGGCUACAUGCCUGUGCAUAUGCUUUUUAAUCACACAAAGCCCCAUGGGCUAAACCUUCAACAAUAUAACAUAACCAAAAAUGUAAUAAGUAGUUACUAAAAAUGAAUAUGCGCUCAUACUAUAAACAAUUAAAAGUUAAACUCUUGUUCGCGAUUAAUCUUCCCAAUUAGUUUCGUCACAGGGAAGUGUGUAAAAAUGUCAUCUCCAGUUGUGUCUGACAAGAAUAAACAUUCCAUUAUAGACCCCGGUCUAUGUAGAUGUUGUAGGUCCAUCAAGAAGUGCCGCGUGUUAACCUUAGAGUACGACUGGAGAGGCCACAAGGAAGUCUAUUCCGAUAUGUUUAUGGAUUGCUUCGGUCUUAUGUUAUCGCAUUUAGAUGGCGACACUAAAGAGUGCGGCGUGUGCGCAACUUGCGUGGCCCGACUGCGGGACGCUUCCGCGUUUCGUCACCAGGUGUUGCAAUGCGAACAAAUGUUCCUCGCUUCCAGACUGGAUACUAAAGAAGAGCUGACCAGCAAGAUUGAAGUGGAAGUUAAACCAGAGCCCGUCUGCGAUGACUGUGAGUCUCCCGAUGACGACGACAUGGACAAUGAAGACCCAGAUUACACAGAAGCAGUUGAAGAACCACAGGAGAGCAAAGAUAAGUUGCCAGAAGUAGAAGAGGUGAAACCCAGAACAAGACAGCAGACCAAGAAGACUAUGAAACGGAAUCUUCUGAGUAAAGUUCAUAGGCUCAGCAAAAAACUGGAAAAGAUGCUGGAGAAACCUGAAGAACCAAUACCGCAGAAGAGGGAGAAAGAACCAAAGCCACCGCCCAAAGCCAAAAAGAAAUCACCGUCAGACCGGGACCACAUGAUAUACAUGAACGCAGUCACAAUAGUCCAAAACUCGUACGUUUGCCCGUUCCAAAACAGAAUCAGCAAUUACUACUGCUACUACUGCAAAGAUCAAUUCGUGAACCCCAACGAGCUGAGAGACCAUACACUGUCCCACGACACAGGAGACUUCGAAAACAUGAUGGAAAACAAGAAAAUACCAAAGAUAGACAUCACAAGAAUAGAUUGCCGAUUGUGUGACACUAAAAUUGGGGACAUUGAAACUUUCAAACGACACAUCAGCACGGUGCAUGAAAAAAAUAUACACCAAGUAGACAACGAAUUCCUGAAAUUCCGAUUGACCCCGAACAAUUUGAGUUGCACGGAAUGUGGUAGCGUCUUCCCAUACUUUGACAUGCUUAAAAAGCAUAUGGUCGAACACUUUGGUACAUUCAUUUGUGAUCAGUGCGGUGCUUGUUUCUUGGAACAGAAUUCUUUAAGGACUCAUAUUAAAUCUCAUAGCCGGGUUGAGACCAACUUUCCUUGUGAUAUAUGCGGUAAAAACCUGAAAUCCAAAUACAGUAGAUAUUUACACGUUGCCACUGUACAUGAGAAGAAGCCUACUGUGAAUUGUUAUAAGUGUGAAGCUAGUUUUUUGUCAUACGCUUUGAGGAAUAGACAUUUGAUCGAAGUGCACGGUGAUAAAAGGACGUUCCCUUGUAAAUUGUGUGAUAAAGUGUACAAUAGAAGGAAGACUUUGAUGGAACACAAUAGGAGGAACCAUUUGAAGGUCUACAGGCAUCAGUGUGACUUGUGUGAUCAGAGAUUCUACUUACCGUCCCGUCUGAAGGAGCACAUGGCCACACAUACCGGGGAGAGGAACUACCGCUGUGAUCUCUGCGACAAAACUUACCCGCGAUUACAAUCGCUCCAGGAACAUAUGCGGGCGCACACCAACGAUAGGAGGUAUAAAUGUGACAUAUGCAACUCCGCGUUCACGCAGAAUGGUAGUUUAAAAAAUCACAUGAAAACACACCAUCAAGGUUACGACCUUGAUACGAACUUUAGUUAAGUGUAAUGAAAUUAAAUCGGUAAAGAGAAGAAAGGUCGCGCUACUGUCAAUAGAUGGCGCUGUUGGUAAUAUUAUGUAUUGAAUAAUCACAAUGUGGUAGUUGCCCACAGACUUUGAUCGAAAUAGCUAACGUAGUGUAUGUACUUCGCGCGUCAAAAGGCAGUCCUAUAGCCAUCCUUUUAAGCUUAUUAAUUCCUUUGCGUCGCCGUUCUCGAUAACAGACGUUAAUCAUAACGUAACUUUGAAAUUUUCAUAUUAGGCUGUAAAAACGAUAUACAGGCAGUCCUCGUACUUACGACAUGUUAGGUUCUCCAAAAUUCGCGACGUGAAUUCGAAACGACGUAAGUCGAGACAUCCCCGCGGACGCCGGCCCCACGGACAUAGACCUCGCGACAAGUGAAUUCUCCUAUGCCGGAAAUCGAAACAAUUGACGUAUGCUUGAGGAAUAGUGUCAGAACAUUGUUCGACGUAACGUAACUUGAAACGACGUAAGUCGAAACGACUUAAGUCGAGAACUGCCUGUAAUUGAAAUAGGUGACUUGUGGCCCAUGGUUUUGCAUCAUUUAUUUGUUCUUGUGAGUAAUCAAACUAUGACACGCUCGGUUUUCAUACAAUGAGGGCUACCGUUUUUUGUCCUGACCAGAUGGCGCCACUGUUGACUGAGGUCUUGAAGUGUAGCUUUUAAAAUUUGUUAAUACGUCUGUGAAAUCAAAGUUAAAUCAUAUUUUAAUACAAAAGAAUCGUAUCGCAAACGUUAUCGGCCAUGCCACAGUGCUACGCAGUUCUGUUUCGUUCGGAAAAAAAGGGGGACAAAAUAAUGUUUUGACGACCUCCGUGGCCGAGUGGUUUGUACGCCGGGUUUCAUGGUGUCGCCGACUCGAGAGGUCCCGGGUUCAAAUCCCGGUGGGGGCAGAUGUCUGUGUGAUGAAUAUGACUAUUUGUACUCCAGUCAUGGAUGUUUAAUAUGUAUUUCUAUAAAAAUAUACUUAUAUAUGUACAGUAUAUGUAUUCUAUCCGUUACCCUAGUAUCCCAUAACACAAGCCUUAUAGUGCUUACUUUGUGGCUAGCUAGGCUAAUUGGUGUGAGUGUAAGAAAUAUUCAUUUAUUAAUUUAAUGUUUUUUGACUCUGCUUUUAAAUCACUGACAUUCAUUGACACGUAACUCAUAUUUGCUAUAAUAAUCAAUCGGAGUUAUUACCAAAUAUUCACAACAUGAUUUUAAUAAGAAAUAAACCCGCGUAUUCAGCCCACAAGCAAUAGCACUUGACAUUUCGGAGACCUCACGCUACACAAGCGCCGCUAGCGGCGGAUUCAGAUGCGAUAACCCUCAUUUGAAGUACAUACAUUUACUUCAAUAUAGAUCUCUGGUUAGCACUAAAAAACCGCCAUGUUUUUCUUACAAGCAACUACUCUUAUGUUAAUUAUAUUUUCUGAUACUGAUAAUAGUAGGGAAGCCCAAGCGGGGAUUUUUGGAUUUACUCGAGCGCGGC